AUGUCUUCAUCUAAGGAAGAUGCGUUAUCCUCAGAGGAGCUGCGAAAACGACUCUAUCAAACGUUUAAGAACAAAGGAGUACUUGACACACUCAAAGCACAGCUGAGGAAUCAGCUCAUCCAGGAGUUAAGGUCCCCGUCUCUGACAGGUCUCCAACCAGCUCCUGUGAGUUCGGAGCCCCGUUUAGUUUCAGCCUGUAACGGCAUCGUAGCGGAUCACCUCCGCUCGACGGGACACGAAUACACGCUCUCCGUGUUCUACCCUGAAAGCGGUCUGUCUAAGGACAAGAUUUUCAAGAAAGAAGAUCUUCUCCAGUGUCUUCAAGUCAGCCCUGCCUCCCCCCUUUACACCUUAUUGUCGAACACUGAAAAUAAUGACAAAGGGUUCCUUUUCAGCCUUUUAACAAACCUGGCACACCACUACACUCACAGCCAGGGCCAUGAUGUGGACACUCAAACAACCAGCUUUUCACGAUAUGGAGAGUCUCUGGUUGAAAAGAUGAAAAUGAUUGAUAAGGAAUAUGAACAUUCUUGCUCCAGUGAGGACAAAAUGUUUUCCUUCCAGUCCAAACUGGCUACAUAUAGAAAAGAAACUGAAGCUCAGAUGGAAGUGGAAAUGAACACAAAGCUGCAGCAUUUUAAAGAAGUUGAAAUUGCCAAAGUGAAGAUGGAAGAGAAAUCAAAGUUUCAUAAAGAGUUUGAAAAGUUGAAACGAGAACUAGAAAGAACUUAUGAAAUGAAGGCAAGAGCACUGGCGGAGCGAGAAAAGAAUUCCAUAGACCGAAUACAGAGGCAGCAAGAGAUCGAAGAAAAAAAUGUCUACAUGCAGAGGCAGUCCGUGCUGAAAGAAAUUGAAACGCUGCGUAGCAAAGAAAACGAGCUGCGGAUGAGGAACGAGGCUUUCGAAAAGACGUGUCAGAUUCAGGCUGAUAAGGUCAAGACCACCGAGGAGCUUUUGAGGAGGAGAGAGCUGGCUGUGAAAACGAUGGAGGACACAUACGACCAAAAGCUGAAGAAUGAACUUUCAAGAUAUCAGCUGGAGUUAAAAGAAGAAUUCAUCAAAAGAACCAAAGAACUCACAGAAAGCGAAAAUAGAAACAAAGUGGAAACUGCUCGUAUCCAAAAGGAGUCAGCUGUAAUCAAUGCCAGAUUAGAAGAUCACAACAGAGCUUGCUCAGAGCUCAAACGGCUGCAGGAUGAGCUCGAAACGGCACAGCAGCAGAUUUCUCUGCUGACUCAACAGAAGGAGCUGAUGAAGGAAAGACUGGAGAACACCAGAGACUACCCCAGCUUAAAAAGAGAGAAAGCCGAGCUUCAGGGGCAGCUGCAGCUGUUACAGAAACAGCUGGAGGAGGCCCGAGAGGAAAAUCUGCGUAUUCAUGCAGAAAUGCUCCAACCAUCCAAAGAGGAGCUGGCCUUGCAGACGGAGCUUCGGAGGCUGCAGAAUGCUCGCAGAUUGGACGAGGAAGAGUUUGAGAACCACAAACAGGUGCUGCAGGCACAGCUCCAGAAUGAGGUAGAGCACUGCGCUCAGCUCAAAGCUCAGCUGACAGAGUCCCAGGAGAGGUCCCAGUGGCUGGCCAAGCAUCUCGAGGACAUCAAGCUGCAGCUCCGCCAAACUCAACAAGCUCUUGAAAACGAGGUCCUGCGUAACCCCAAGCCCUCUCUUGUUGACCGCUCUGUACUGGAGCUCAGCGCCAACAAGCUGGUUCCUCCUGACAUCUAUGUGGACAGAGCUCUAUUUCGACCCACGGUGGAUUAUGUUGAUCACUGUGAAGCAGGUGGGCCUGCACAGGGACACAAGUCCGCCUGGAGCGAUUCUCCCGACUCUGACAUGGAGCUGGUGGUAGAAGCCAAGGCUCGGAUCCAGGAGCUGCAGAGGGAGGCCGAGUGCUUGGAGGAAGCCUACAGGAGCUACCAGCAGAGGGCAGCGAAUUCCACCGUCUCACACACGCUUCCCCCAAGACCACUUUCCCCAGAUCAGGCGUAUCUGUCAUAUCGACCAAAGUCCACCCUAAUAAAACAGGACUCUCACCUCUCACACAUCCAUUCAGCCCACAGAGUUCCAUCAGUCAAAGCAAACACCCCUCAAAGUGUCCAGCCCCCCCUCUUAGUGUCUCAUGACACCAGAAACACAUCAGCACAUCCUCAGAGCAGAGUGACUUUCUCAGAGGACCACGACCCCACCCGGGCAGCUGUCCUCAUCGACCACGCUCACCCCUCACUGACUGAACCUUUAGUUCUCUGCGGUGGACAACUUCAGGAAGAAAGUAUAACUUCAGACAACCACUUAUCCAGCACACCUCAGCCGUCCUCCGGGAAGAAACUUCAAAGAGAGAACUCAGAAGGGGAAGAUGGAUGUUCGGGUGCAGUCGGUCUGCCGCCGCCAGACAUGCAGAAACCCUGUGGCCCCCUCUAUGAUGUCUCACCCACGGGUGGCUUUUCUCCCGAGCUGAGUCCACCUCACAGCCCCCUGCUGAAGAGCACAGUGCGAGACCAGCCCAGUCCACCGAAGCUCCAAUCUGAGUUCUCCAGCUCCGAGUCUUCACCACAACCUGAGAAGAUAAACCUCGAAGAUCUCACAGUGUCAGAGCCCAGCCACAUUCCACAGCUUCUCCUGGACACUGCUGUCCCUCUCUCCGAGGAGGCCCCUGAUGGCCCCGCCACCUCCCGCCCACAGGACCUCCCAGAAGACCCAACAGGCUUGCGGGGUCAGCCGGAAGUCCUACAAACUUCAGAUGAAUCAGCCAAAGAGGAUGACGUGCAAAGGUUGGGAAGGGAGCGAAAGGAAAGAGAAGAACAAAGGCAGAGGGAGCAAGAAGCAGAACUGGAGAGAGAAUGGCGAGAACUAGAAAGACUGGAGAAAGAGGAGCAAGAGAUGGAACAGACAGAAAAGGAGGAUGAAGAGGACAAAGAGGUUAAAAAAGGAGAGGAAGAGGGGAAGAUGGAAAAAGAAGAUAGUUUUAAGGAGGAGUCGAAAGAUGAAAAUCCACUGGAAAAAUACAUGAAGAUGGUUCUGGAAGCAAGAGAGAAGCAACAUGUGCAAGCAAGUGCCAAACCACAUGGUUCUUUAAGAGAGGAAACGGGACAAACAAGCCCAGAAGACAAGAGUUUGUCGGAGAAGGAAGAAAGAAGCAUUGCAGCAUAUUCACCCAAAGAAGAGGAGGACGAUUUCUGGUGA